UUAGUGCAGCUGCGAACCGAGAAGAUAGGCCUCAACGACUUUCUCUUCAGUCGACACGUCCCGACCAUUACCAACCCCCGCUGCAGCUGUGGAGAGAGGCGGCAGACCGUCGCCCACGUCCUCCUCCGCUGUAGCAAGUAUAAGGACCUCCGGAACCGCAUUUUCGCCAACCUAUCCGGAUGA